UCAAACUCAAUGCAAUGAUGCCGGUGUGUUCACUUUGCUCCAGGAUUCUCCCGUGAGUUGUUUGAGGUGCGCACUUAAAGGGUUCUGGCUCGACAAGGCUUCAUCUGAGAGAGUCGUAAUGCGCAAUGACCCGCUACAAGCUUUCCUUCAGGAUCGGACGCCCAACUCCACCCCAGAAUCCAUUAAAGGAUCCCCCUUGAUGUUGCUGGAAGACACCUGUAAUCGCAUCGGCCGUUCCCGUGCAUCCAGCACCAUGGAGCACCACCAGCACGUCUCACACGAUGGCUCUCCACCAAAGCUCUUCCAUCCCUGGAGAAGUGAUGCAACUUUCUCACAGCACCUCCAGACCCACUUAAAUCCACACCACGAAAUGCCACUCACACCCCCGGCGGAACACUACGAGUUCUCGCCCCUAAAGAUGUUACCUUGCGCGUCAGCUUGCGCCGCGUCUUACGUACCCACGCACACCGGGCUUUUGGACCAAUGGUGGAGCGCCAAUCACUCCUCUACACAUCAGUUUGAAAUCCCCCGCGGGUGGGUUCUGGGCCACCCCGAGCUCGGCCAGUACCAGGCUCAAAUCGCCACCCUGUUGCACUCCAAGUCUCGCAGGUGCCGGAGGUGCGCGUGCCCCAACUGCCAGAAGAGCAGCGACGCGCCGGGGAAGAGGAAGCAGCACGUGUGCCACGUGCCGGGCUGCGGGAAGGUGUACGGCAAGACGUCGCACCUGAAGGCGCACCUGAGGUGGCACGCGGGCGAGCGGCCGUUCGUCUGCAGCUGGAUGUUCUGCGGGAAGAGCUUCACGCGCUCGGACGAGCUCCAGCGGCACCUGCGCACGCACACCGGCGAGAAGCGCUUCACCUGCCCGGACUGCGCCAAGCGCUUCACGCGCAGCGACCAUCUGGCCAAACACCUGAAGACGCACCUGAUGCGCAAGAGCAGACCGCUGUUCCCCGUGCUGGAUCAAAAAACUCUUCAGCAGAAGUCUUAGAUCGCGUUUUUUUCGUGAGCGCUUUUUGCGCGACGUAAAAUGUUGCGCUUAGUUUUUUUUUUUUCAAUUCGAGCACUCUUUAAUUUGGGGCAAGUUGUCACGUUCGUUUGUAAAUGUUAUGCAUAUUGAUUACAAUAUUCGUUGGACAAAACAAUAAUGUGUGUUUGCUGUUUCAUUAAUCGGUUUAAAUAUAACAGGAAAACACGUUGUUUGAUGUCUUUGAGACGUAUUAAGCCAUAUAGCGACAAAAUGCCCAAAAGAGAUGAGUUAAGCCAAUCAUAUGUAAUAUAGAAAGACUUCUAAAAAACGGUAAUUGACAUUUACCUUCGUUUUCAAAAAGACAUAAUGCUACUUGGAGGCUAUGUCAAAGUGUUUAUUUAUAUUUAACCACCCCAAAAACAAGUGUUAAUAUUUUUUGUUGUUGUUGUUUAGUUUUUUUGAUAACUCGAAAAGUAAAAUACUUACGGACCAAAGAAGAGCACCGUUGUGCACAGUUUAUUAUUUAGA